AACUUAAUUUUGUGAUAUUUCCACUUAUAUCACAUGACCCCAAGACUCUUCAACGAACAUAUAUAUAUAUAUCCGUUAUACUCCAAAGUGUAGUAGUACUCGUGAAUAAGAAGCGCUAGGAGCGUUUCAACAUCCACUCAUUUCUCAUGCUCACACAUUUAAUUUAUACACAUAUAUCUUCCACAAAUAUUUAUAUGUCAAGUGAAUAUAAUGAUCACUUGGAAAUUGUGAAAAAAGUAGUAGGCAAAAAAAUGGCCCUUCAUCAUCAUGAAGAUAAUUUUGAGACUUCUUAUUCUACUCCAAAACUUUCUUUAUCUAAACUCCCAAACAAGCCAAGAAAUUAUAAUAAUAAUUCACUAGUAGCUCCAUAUACAACUCCACCACUUCAUCCAGCAGUUACAAUUCCAUUUCAAUGGGAAGAAGCCCCUGGAAAACCAAAAUCACCUACAACAAAGUCCAAAGCAGCAAGGUGUCUAGACUUACCACCUAGGUUAACGUUGUUGUUGAACGAAGAAGGUAAAGUUACUAAUAUACCCUCGCCAACGACGGUGCUGACCGGGCCUUACGUGGGCCGGUCUUUAUCGUGUGUUAAUGAAGGAGCACUUGAGAAGAAAGAAGAGAUCAAUGGUGGUACUGGUAGUAAUAACAAGGAUGUUGUGAUGAUGAGAUCAUGGAGAUGGGAAAACUUGAAGGAGAAUAAUACACGAGUUGUUGUCAAGGGCAAUUUUGACUUUUCAGGUCCUCUUAGUAGUAGUAAUUCAAGUGCUAAUUAUGAUUUUGAUACACAUCAAAGGAAGUUCUUAAGGUUUACUAGGAAAGGGAGCUUAUUGAGCUUCUCCCGUAACAAUUCCAACCUCUUGGGAGGAAUUUACGAAAGCUUUAAGCAGGCAGUUCCAUGGAGAUGGAGAAGGGCAAAAACUAAAAGAGAUGAGUGAGUGUUAGUAACUAAAGCAGCUUCACUUAGCUUCCACCAACAACGAAAUUACUAUCUUAAUUAUAUUUCCACUUGUGGACUAGUUUUAACAUAUGAUUUUUUGUUAAUUAAGACACGUAAUGACUUUGAUUAUGUGUACUGGGUACCUAAUGAGUUUGUAUUUGAAACUAUAUAUGAAUCUGUAUUACGGUGCAACGGUUUUAGCUUAAC